GAUUUUUGGUGGUGAAAAGGUUCGGUCUGGACUGGUACUGGACAAGGUUUUGCAAGAGGAAUCCGUCCGCCGGUGGACGGAUUACCUGCCAAUGUUGACGAAAAGUUUCGUCCACCGGUGGACGGAUUACUGGACAAGGUUUUGCAAGAGGAAUCCGUCCGCCGGUGGACGGAUUACCUGCCAAUGUUGGGGAAAAGGUUUUGCAAGAGGAAUCCGUCCGCCGGUGGACGGAUUGCCUGCCAAUGUUGGCGAAAAGUUCCGUCCACCGGUGGACGGAUUACUGGACAAGGUUUUGCAAGAGGAAUCCGUCCGCCGGUGGACGGAUUACCUGCCAAUGUUGGGGAAAAGGUUUUGCAAGAGGAAUCCGUCCGCCGGUGGACGGAUUACCUGCCAAUGUUGACGAAAAGUUCCGUCCACCGGUGGACGGAUUACUGGACAAGGUUUUGCAAGAGGAAUCCGUCCGCCGGUGGACGGAUUGCCUGCCAAUGUUGGGGAAAAGGUUUUGCAAGAGGAAUCCGUCCGCCGGUGGACGGAUUACCUGCCAAUGUUGGUGAAAAGUUCCGUCCACCGGUGGACGGAUUACUGGACAAGGUUUUGCAAGAGGAAUCCGUCCGCCGGUGGACGGAUUACCUGCCAAUGUUGGUGAAAAGUUCCGUCCACCGGUGGACGGAUUACUGGACAAGGUUUUGCAAGAGGAAUCCGUCCGCCGGUGGACGGAUUACCUGCCAAUGCAGUAUAAACUAG